UUCACCAAUCAUCCAAGCCAAGGUGGAUCUCUGAUUGGCAGGAAAAUCAAGUUUCAUCCUUCCCGCCAUGGACAAUCCGACCUUCGCUUCUGAGGAGCGCCUUGCCUUCACGAGGGGCAGGAACAUGGUGGAUGAUGACGUAAAGCACGGCGUCAAUAACGGCUACAUGAUUCGCGGGAAGAACAAUGACGUUGCAGAAAACAAUCGCCUGAAUGGUGGAGGACAUCGUGACGUCAUCCCAAGCAGCAAAAUCAUUGGCGAAGAAAAGCGUGACGUCAAAAACAAUAAUCAUUCCUUGACCAAUGGGAAACACCACGAUGUCGUCGAAGAAGGAGAGAUUUCGGGGGAUAUGUGUGGCGGUUUCGGUCGUUAUCCAAAAUGGCUUCAGUGCUGCGCCCAACCACGGAUCUUUCUUGUCGUUUACUGCAUCUUAAACAUCCUCGGAGGCGCAGAAAUGACGUUUUUCAUGGGCAGCACAACGUCUUUUGAGAAGCAUUUCCAUUUCUCUAGCAAAGAUGUUGGCUACAUCAUUCUCUUCAGCGAAAUCGGACCCAUCAUCCUGUCGAUGGUGCUGAGCUUCCUCGGAGGGCGCGGCAAUCGGCCUCGCUGGAUGGCCCUCGGGGGGUUCAUGUCGGGCGUGGGCACCCUGGCCGUCUUCUCCGCCGUCCUCUUCUACCCGCCGCCCACGCUGUCAGAAUCCGGCCAACUGAAGGACAGCCGAAAGUUCUGCUCUCCUGAAGAAGCCCGAGCCAUUCGCCCCCUGGCCGCCCCGCCCACGACCUCGCCCUCGCGCCUCUCGUCCUUCUCGAGGCUGGAGGUCGAGGAGGCUUCGUGCUUCCUCUCCAACACCUUCGUCUUCGUCCUGUUCCUCGUGGGGCGCUCGCUCAAAGGCAUCGGCAACGCUCUUAAUUUCACCCUGGGGUCCUCCUACCUGGACGACAGCAUCAAGAAGAAGGACUCGCCCGUCUAUUUCGCCAUGUCCACAACCCUGGGUAUCGUUGGCCCAUUCAUCGGCUUCUCUCUCUCUGCUUUUGCUCAGAACAUCUACGUCCUCCCUGGCCAGCAUCAUGGUAUUCUGCCGAGCGACCCGCGUUGGGUGGGCGCCUGGUGGGUGGGGCCGCUCGUGUUCUCCUCCUUCAUGUUCAUCUUCGCCUUCGGGAUCGCUCUGUUUCCCAGAAAAAUGAAGAAGCCAUCAGUCGAAUGCGGCGCCGAACAACAAAAUGGCGACGCACAGCAACGCCAUCUGUCGAACCCGCUUUCGGAUCCGGGAAUAAUCCACACUUCCGUCGUCCCUUGUGAUAAUUUGGAACAGCCGAAAACCAAGGAACGGAACGGAGGCACGAAAGAACGGAAUGGGGGAAUGGGAGAAAAAGGAGAAAGAGGAAGAGGUAAGGAAGAAAGAGGAGGCCGCGAUUCGAGUCUGAAGAAGAAAACGGGAGACGAGAGUUCACAAGAAACUACGAAAACUGCUUUAGAAACGAAAACGAAUUCUGUUCAAGAGCUCCGCGUGGCCAUGGGGAGGAUCCUGAGCAAUAAGGUUGUCGUAUGCCUUAGUUUAGCCGACUUUUUCGCCAUUAUGGGAGCGGCGGGACUGUUCUUCUGGCUGCCCAAGUACUUCGAGCACCAGUUUAGGACCAGCAAAGCCAAGGCGUCGCUAUUCACAGGGAUCUCCGGCACCACCUCCGUGAUCCUGGGCGUCGCGGGCGGGGGCGUGUGGAUCCGGCGCUUCCGACCGACCGCCCGCACCGUGGCCCUGACCGUUUCGAGCUCGCUGGCGCUGUACAUGGUCUCCCUCUUCGGCCUCAUGUCCAUCACGUGCGAUUUCAACGACGAUUUGCCCGGCAUUCUGUCCGUGGAUAAGAGGAGCAUCGACCUGUACCGAGGUUGCAGCGGCGGUUGCAUGUGCAGUCAGCAGGAGUUCGUGCCCGUGUGCGUGCGCGACGGCCCCAUCCGGCUCACGUACUUCUCUCCGUGCCACGCUGGAUGCCCCGACAUCGAGGGCGCGGGGCCGGGCAGCGAUUUUUUCAAUUGCACAUGCGGCAGCCCGGCAGCCAGCGUGACCCAGGGGCAUUGUCGCGAAACGUGCUCGGGUUUCUUCCUGUACAACGUCGUCAUGAUCAUCAUCAAGGCCUUCCUGUCGGUGGGGACCAUCGGCGGGAUACUCAUCAACUUGAGAUGCGUCGCCGAAGAGGACAAGCCGCUCGCGCUGGGUCUGAAGGCGACGAUGUUGGCUCUGGCCGUCAUGGCGAACCCUCUGGUCUUCGGGUCUCUGGUCGACUCCGCUUGCCUGGUCUGGGAGGAAGUCUGCGGGGAGAAAGGGUCGUGCUGGGUCUACAGCAGUGAUGAUUUCAGGUACAAGCUCCACGGAAUGGCGUGCGCCAUGUUCGCCGUGAGCAUUGUGUUCAUGUCGCAGGCCGCCCGCCACGUGGGGGACCUCAAGCUGAUGGAGGACGCGGCUCCUGCGUCAGAUGUGGCCAGCGCCCUCUCCAGUGGGCCUCCUUCGCUCUUCUCCGAGUUCGCCGACGGAAAGGAGCCCGCGGAAGGAGGAAGGAAAGAAGGAGGACGAGGAAUAAGCGAGAAAGAUGGUAAGAAUUUCUCCAGGGGCGUGGCGAAGAGGCUCUCCGGAAGGAGGAGGAGGGAGGAGGCGGAGGAGAACGGGCCAACGCAGCCUCCUCAGUGGAGAGUCGACGAGGGAAGGGAGGAGAGAGAUGGGCUUGGAAGAGGGUACGGAGGAACAGAGGAAGGAGGAGUAGGAGGAAGGAGUGAUGGAACUGGAGCAAGAAGAGAAAGAAGAGAAGGGGAGAGAGAAGAUGGAAGAGGAGGAGGAAGAAACGGAAGGGACAGCUAUCGACAAGUUACUCCUUAUGCUUACCCAGGGGAAAUGAGAAGGCCAGAGGAGGUACCACACGUACCAAGAAAUGAAGUACCAAGGGACUUCUCGAGGUCGAGGCAGAACCCUCACAUCCUGCCUUCCAAUGUCAUCAAAACCACCGGCGUGUGAGGACACCUAAUUCAGGUCUCGAUUCUCUCACUAAUCGCAAAAUGUAUCAUCUUGAAUACUGAUGCACCAAAUGAAACUGUUCGUCAGGAAUCGCUGAGUCACAAACUCCUCAUAUAAGACAGAAGUGGUGUCAAAGGACAUUUGGAUAGGACAGCUACAGCUCUUUGUUAACAAUGCUUUGUGCAAAGUUCCGGUAAUUCCCAGUUUCGGUUGAAAGAAAAGAUGAAAGAAAGAAAGAAAAGGCAAAGUGUAUAGAGGUUCUUUGAGAUUUUAAUGGUAAUAAAACAUUAAGAGCAUCUCUUAUGCCCAGUUCACACUAUGUAGCCACCUAGUAUAAUAUUUUGUAAAGGAAAAUUAUAGUAAUUUUAUGUGC